GGUCGACGCCAGUUGGUUUGCGGCCGUGGCGCGACUCGGGUGGUUGCCCGGUCAACUUCGUAUCACCCGGAACAAACAAACACUCAACUCACACGAGGGGUUUGAUGAAGGGCUAUGGGACGUGUCGUGGUUCAACCUCCUCCGCGCGUUGUUCUACAAACUUUCUGACAGCGACACGAGCCGUUGAAUGACGCUUAAUAGUGAACAGGAUCCCAUUUAAGUCUGAGGCGGGAAAUAUUGAAACCCACAGAUAACCCGCCUGUAGUUACUGGCGGAAAGAGCACAGUUUCCAUCAUCUGGUGUGAUGAGAUAGGAUUAGACGUAGCCGGGGAAGUUCACUUACAGCACGAGUCAGAGAGCAUCAAGGAAAAACAUAAUAUGUACAGAAUGCAAGUGUUGCCUUGUGAAAGAAGAGUUCCGGGGGUUUGGCUUCGAAGUGAAAGAAGAAGAAGAAGAAAAGUCUGCGUAUUUUCCAGGAUGUCGGACAGUGAGUCCAUCGGCAAAAUGUUGCGGUCUGUGCUCCAGUCCAGCAAGGCCGGCGUGUCUAUUGACAGCCUCCAGUCAGAGUACCGGUCACUGUGCGGAGAGAGCAUCCCGCUGAAGAAGCUGGGCUACUCAGAACUUGAGGACUUUCUCCAAAGCAUCCCAUCUGUGGUCCGGUUGGAGUACCGUAUGGGCGAGCUGAAAUGCUUUGCCGCGGUGUGUCGAGAGACGGCCCACAUUGCCGAGCUGGUCGCCAGGCAGAAAAGCUCCAAGAAAUCUGGCCACUCCCAAGUCGUCAACUGCAGGAUGAGAUUCAAACCUUCCAACCCCUACAUGCUGAAUAUGAGACCAAGGUCUUCCCUCCGCCAGCCCUCAGCUGGUGAUGCUUAUAAGUGGCCAAGCCACUUUCCGACUCAUGGUGGCAACAGAGGCUGCAGUGCGUCGGGAGACUACAGGCAACUGGAGCAAAGGUUUAGGUCCAACAUACCUGUCCAACACAGACAACCGGCUCCUCAACCAGCUGUGAAACAGCGUGUCCUGCCCGACAGGAAAGAGAACUGCUUGGUCAACUGCCAGAAGCCUUUGGAGAAGCCUCUGGAACAAGCCUCCAGAAUCAACCAAUCCAAGUCUAGUGUGUAUGAUGUGGAGCUGGUGCGGCGCAGAAUAACUCAGCUUCUGGAGAAGUACUGCAGUGGACUGUGGAUGUCAAAGAUAUCAGAGGUCUACAGUAAAAUGUUCAAUCAGACGCUCCACCCUCAGGUGCUGACCGACCUGGAACAGUGGACAUACAUUUGUGAGGUGGAGAAACCAUCCUCCAACAACCGCGCUGACCGGCUGGUCUACCCUCCUCUGCCUCCAAAGCCCUCUAUUGUCCCUAGAAGUGGCAUCAAAAACUCCCCUCCAACACCACCCACUAAUUUGAGUGCUAGCACCACCCACAUUUCCCCACGUCCCUCAACACCUGAAGAACUCUUUAACCCUCUCUCCCCUGAUCCUAAACCUAGAGUCUCCCCCACCAACCUCUUGACGAAGCCCACUUUCAUUUUUCCUCCACAACCUGUUGCUGCCGCCUCACAUAAGAAGUUUCCCUCAGUCACAUUGCGCAGCCCUGUCCACAACCCAGCUCUUGCUCCCCAACUGCCCCCACGUGCCAAUCUAGCAGUCAGAGGAUUGACUACAACCACCGAGAACAUAGACACGCAGCCCUUAGCCCCUACCUGGUCUCACCCUUCUUCAGCUAACGGUGCUGCAGUGACUUCCUCCCUCCACCCUGGCCCUGAUAUUUUACCCCUUUUGAAAGUCACCUUUUCCUCUACCCCUGAUUCUGCCCCUCCCUCAAAAUCUUCUGAUGAGGUUGUGUCUGCUGAGGUGCGUCAGAGAAUAAAGGAGCUUCUGUCCAUGUACAGCCUAGGUGUGUGGGCCCAUGCUUUGCCGAAACUGUUCAUGGACACAUACAAGACGCCAUUUCCGGAAAAUGUUCUAGACAACUUGUCUCUUUUGAUGGAUAUGUGGACAGUGGAGUACCCCAUCCCACACGACAAGAGUAAGGCCAUCCUGUAUAACUCCAGCAGAACAGACACGGAAACCACAGACGGCCAAGAGAGCCAGCAGUGCAGAAGUCACCCCCUCCCCUCUGGUCUCGAGGUCGUGGGCGCUGAGAUUCCUCCCCGUCUGGUUCUUCCAUCAGAGCACUAUCCCUCUGUGUUGGUUACUGAGGCCAAGAGCAGCAAUACUGUUACCAUAAGGUAUGUAGGCGAGAACUACUCCAAUGCCCAGCAAUACUUGGAGGAUGCAAUGUGCUCCUUCUACAGCCAAGACUCCAACCACCAUCCUCUGUCUAACCCUGUUGUUGGUCAGCUGGUGGCAGUCAGAGGAGAGGAUGGAGAUGAGCUGGUCAGAGCUCAGGUCAUGGAAAUCAGGGCCCCCAACAAGGUCAAGGUUUACUAUGUUGACCAUGGCUUUUCUUUGGAGACGAGUGGAAUCAAUCUGCUGGAGCUUCACCAGGAUUUCCUCUCUCUGCCCUUCCAGGCAACUAAUGUGAGACUGGCAGGUUUAGAGACCUUCAGCUCCCAUCCACUGGUCCUGUCCUCCCUGGAAAAGUUGGCAGUUGGAAAGAUCCUGCUGAUGGAGACAUUAGAGCCGUGUCAACAGAUUGAUAUGCCUGUGGCGGUGUUGUACGACACUUCCGAGGAUGACGACAUCAACAUUAACUCUGCCUGCCUCAAGACCCUGCAGGACAACACCAUGAACAACCCUCUGACUCUAAAUGUUGCCUACCAGGACGUGUGUGUCACAAAUGUAUGUGCAAAUGGCAUCAUUUACUGCCAGCUGCCCUCCAGAGGAACAGCAAGACUCAGCAAGUUACUGGAGAAAACCGAGGCCUUCUUCACCACCCAGAGGACCUCUGAGUCCCUGGUGUCAAGACCCUUCAGUGGCAAGUUCUGUCUCGCCCGACACAAAGGAAAGUGGUCCAGAGUGGAGAUCACCAAUAUGUUCAACCACCGAGUGUUGGAGAUCCUGUUCAUUGACAUGGGUAUCCCGGCAACUUUAGAGGUGACUGAUCUCCGAGAGAUUCCCCCUCUCUUAGUCAAAGACUUCACAAUCAUCCCACCACAGGCUAUCAAAUGUCGUCUGGCCGACCUCAAAGUUCCAGAGGGAGACUGGAGCCCAGAGGCCGUUCUGUGGAUGAAGGAGGCUGUCAUGGGCUCUGCAGACUGUAAAAUGAAGAUCUUGAAAUUAGACGAGCACAAAGCGGAACAGCUUGUCUACACACACCUCUUCAUUGGUGCUGAGAGCCUGGAACUGGACAAGAGCAUCAACCAUCAGCUGACUCAGUCGGAGUUGUGGCAGAAACUCGCAACACAGACCAACAACACAAUCUGCAUCAGUAAUGGCAAGACUGAAAAAGGUUUCAGUGCCUUUGUUGAGACUCUAAGCAGCUCAGUCCCAAACCACGUUGCGAGGGACUCAACCCAACCUCGUCACGAAAAAGAAGACAUGGUUCUCUUAGACGGGACCACUGACAAUGGGAUGCAGCCACUUCCAUUGCCUCCCCUACUGGAGCUCCCCCAGCCUGGUCAGAAUAUGGAUGUGUUUGUGCCAGUGGCCUGCCACCCCGGUUAUUUUGUGCUGCAGCCGUGGCAGGACUUACAUAAGCUAAUGGUUUUGAUGGGGGAGAUGAUCCUCUAUUAUAACCAGCUCUGUAAGACCAACACCACCACACAUGUCCAGAGAGGAGAUGUCUGUGCUGCCAGAAUUGAAAAGAACUGGCACCGCGUUCAGGUGAGGGGAAUUCUGUCCAAUGGGCUGGUGUCUGUGUAUGAGCUUGACCACGGCAAACGUGAGCAGGUCCACAGAAAUCUCAUCCAACCCCUGAUAGAGGAGUUCAGACAGCUGCCCUUCCAGGCCGUCACUGCACAGCUGGCAGGUAUGACACAGCACCAGUGGACAGAGGAGGCCUCCAUUUUAUUCCGAAACCACGUGGAGAAGCGAGCGCUGGUCGCCCAGGUGGAGAGUGUGCAGGAGGUGUCGGAGGUUAAUGAUGAGCUGUGGGGGCGCCGGUUGACAGUUUAUCUUGUGGACACUGCAACGGAGGACAAGGACCUUUGGAUUCACACCAUCUUGGCCGACAUGGACAGUGAAAUGUCGUCAGCUGCCUAGAGAGUCUACUCAAACACGGUGGAAACUAAUCAGCAAGUAGACUCGGACUGUAAAAGUAUAUGUUUAUUUUUUGAACAAGCCACUGUGUGAUGGUUCUUUUUAUUUUCUUAAAUCAAACUGUGGAAAUCCUCAGAACAUGAGAAGCAGUGUUUCACAAUUUUCUGGACCGUUCUCUCAAGCAAUGACUUUCAAGAAACACUCUUAACUUUGGCACUGUAGCCAAGACUGAGGAUAUUGUUUUGUUGAAAAACUAAUUUUCCAGAAUUUAAGGACUGACAGUCUUAUGCGUUUGUCUCAGCGAUAUUGUUGGUAUUGACAUUUACCAAGAAAAAGAUGGCAAACAUCUACACAAACCUUCUUCAACAUCUUGUUCCUUAAAGUGAAGCCACCGGUGUGUUGCAUGUUUUGUUGUGACUCUAUAACUCAGUUUAUUUUGUUUGCGUUUGCUGUUCCCGGUGCCUGCAAUGGUGUGGCUCAUUUUGCACUUGAUUUUGUGUGCAUAAUAACUUUGUGCUUUAUUGAUCCAACUUCAAUGACUUCACAUAAGAAGUGCACAUCUCUACCAUUCUGUUAGUGGUAGAGAUGUGCACUGAUUGGAACGCCUUGUUUAACAUCAUCUUGUGUUUCCUGGCUGAAAAAAAUACUUUAUUGUAUUUUGUAGUGUUUUUUCAACGUGAAAACUUGUUCACACCAAUUAUUUCUAUUAAAACGCAGAGACAAAGGAGGAUGUACUUGGACUGAAAGCUUAAAACAGUUGUGUGCA